AUCUUCCCUAAACCCUUAACGACCACCGGAGUCACCGUAUCCUUGUCUGUCUCUGUCUCUGUCCGUAUCCUUUUCAUUUGCCAAAGUCCAACACGCGCCGCUCCACGCGCUUCCACUCCACCCUCCAUCCACACGCACGACAGAAAACAGAUAAAGAGCGAAAAAGAAACCCUCCACUUCUGGUUUUCGAAUAUUUUCCAAUUUUCUCAGAUCAAUGGAGCAGCCACUCCACAACAAGCCGGAAAAUGCCGAAGAAAUGCAAUCGAUUGAUCUCCACCCGGAUCCGAAGGCCCCGAGCCCGAACGGGGGGCGCGCACCUGACCUGGCCCCCGAUGGCGGCGCUCUGAAGCAUGGGGAUAACGGUAAUAGCGGCGAAGUGGAUUCGAAGGAGAAGAAGCACGCUGGUGAGGAUGAGAACAACGCCGAUUUGGGAGCGGAGGGGUUGAAAUCGAAGAAAUCGGUGCGCUGGAGCCAGGAAUUGGUGAUGGAGAAGGCUGUUCCGAGGGACGAUGAUCGCGGAUCCAGCAAUCCCUAUGUCGAUCGCUCGGCCGCUCCUGCCGACAAUACGCCGCCGUUCAACUUCAAAGAAACUAUGGGUUCUGUCAAAGAUGUGCUGGGAAGAUGGGGUAAGAAGGUGGGAGAAGCAACGAAAAAAGCCGAGGAUUUUGCCGGGAACACUUGGCAGCAUUUGAAAACAAGCCCUAGCCUAGCAGAUGCAGCCCUUGGGAGAAUCGCACAGGGCACAAAGGUUCUAGCUGAAGGUGGUUAUGAAAAAAUAUUUCGGCAAACGUUUGAGACUGUUCCAGAGGAACAACUGAACAAUUCAUUCGCCUGUUACUUAUCCACGUCUGCGGGUCCAGUCAUGGGAGUUUUGUAUGUAUCUACUGCAAAGCUAGCAUUUUGCAGCGACAACCCUCUUUCUUACCAAGCAGGGGAUAAGACGGAAUGGAGCUAUUAUAAGGUUGUAAUCCCGUUGCACCAACUAAAAGCAAUAAACCCCUCGACAAGCAGAAACAAUCCAGCCGAGAAAUAUAUCCAGGUCAUAUCCGUUGAUAACCAUGAGUUUUGGUACAUGGGAUUUUUACAAUAUGGCGCAGCGGUAGAAUGCCUGCAGCAGGCCUUGGAAGCUCGUGAUGUGCUGCAAACCGUGUGAUGUGAAAACGGCAAUGGCGAUGGAAAGAUCUUCACCUCAUCAGUAUGUUUUUGACAUCCUGUUAUAUUUACAGGUUUUGGACAUAAGUUAUUAUUGUCUUUUUGCGUGGAUUCUUCAGUUCUAUUAACAAAUACUCUUGGGUUUUGAAAGAAAAAUAUUAUGUUGGGAUUUUGGGCAUAUUGUACGUAGAGUUGUAGCUCAUCUCUUGUUCUUUUGUGUCCUUACGACGAAAUACCAUAGUGCUUUGAAUGGGAUAAUUGAUAUUUAUAGUAACCAUUUUUCGGACAUUCCA